AUGAUUCUGAAUUUUGGCAACAACAGUGGUUCCAUGUUCAUUCUCUCUGGACUUACAGAACAUCUGGGCAUGCGGCCUCCACUCUUCGUGGUCUUUUUAGUCAUCUAUAUUUUCACUCUGGUGGGGAAUCUGGGGGUGAUUGUAUUAAUCUGGAUUGAUCCUCAAUUGCACACCCCAAUGUACUUUUUCCUCAGCAGUCUGUCCUUAUUAGAUGCUUGCUACUCCACUACCAUCACUCCAAAUAUGCUGGUGAACAUUUUAGUGGGACACCAAAUCAUCUCUUAUGCUGCCUGCAUUGCACAAUAUUUCUACUUUGUAAUCUUUGCCACCACUGAGUUUUUCCUACUGGCAGCCAUGGCAUAUGACCGGUAUGUGGCCAUCUGCAACCCUCUGCUCUACACUUCUGUUAUGACAAAGAAACGUUGUGCAGGGAUGAUAGCAGCUUCAUACAUCUCUGGUAUUGUGAACUCCCUAGUACACACAUGUGGAUUGUUCAGAUUGUCCUUCUGUGGCUCCAAUGUCAUCAAUCACAUUUUCUGUGAUCACACCGCCCUCCUGAAACUGGCUUGCAAUGACAUCCACAUCAAUGAGAUGCUGAUAUUCAUUUUUGGUAGCUUUUUAGAAAUAAGCUCCUUGAUUGUCAUUGUGACAUCUUACGUAUUCAUAAUUAUAGCUGUACUAAGGAUUCGCUCUGUGGAGGGAAGGCAUAAAGCCUUCUCCACAUGUGCCUCCCAUCUCACAGCAGUGGCCAUAUACCAUGGGACCAUCCUCUUCAUGUACUUCAGGCCCAGCUCAAGCUACUCGCUCGACACAGACAAAAUGGCCUCUGUGUUUUAUACAGUGAUAAUACCCAUGUUGAAUCCUUUAAUCUACAGCCUAAGGAACAAGGAUGUGAAAUGUGCUCUAAGGAAACUGAUAGGGGGGAAAGUGUUUUCUUAG